GUUAAAUAACUGUUUGUCCUCAGCACACCUGGUCAGGGAUGAAACAUCUGGCUUCAUCCUUGUAGAGAAGAUAAUUAGGCCUGUAACAGACCCCUAGACCAAAAGGAAACAAAGCAACACAAAUUAAAACAGAAAAUCGUGUAUGCUUAAUAAUUAUUAUGAGGAAAGCUAAAGCAAACCGAGUGGGAUCUGAGGAAAAAAAAAAACAAGAAAUUAAAGGAAAAGUAUGCAACUGAACAGGACUGAGAGUGAAGAUCGCACCACAGAGCAAAGCAAAACCAAAAUGCUUGUAUACUGCUUCCUCCUGUGCAUCUUAGCCUGGAAAUCUGGCUGUUUCGUGAAAUUACACAGGAACCUAGCAGGAAAGCUGCUUGGACAAGACUGCUGUAGGUUUGGCUGGCUUUGCCCUACACUGUUCUCUAAGACUCUAUCUCAGUAGGUUUUGCACAUCUUCACAACUUUGCUGCUUUCAAAUGAUGGCAUACAAUAUACUCUCCUGGCUUCAAGCAGACCCGAUACACUAUGGUGGCACACAACAGAACCCUCAUGAUAUUACAGAUGAUUUGAGCUGAAGUGACACCUAUUAAGUGAUAAUACCUGAGAGCCACAGGAAGGCUGCGUGGGUCCAGAAGUGUAAGGUCAGCAACAUGGACUACAAAUUCAGCUGCAUCCUACCUGUUCUUUGGAGAGUUAGCUUUACCCCUAACCAACAUAGAGAAGAAUUGGCAACUGGCCUUGGGUCAAGGGCAUCUUCCUGGGACUCUUCUAUGUCAUCAUAUAGAUGUGUCCAGCAAGGCCUAAGCACUCUGGCUUGUUUUGGAGAAUACAAGCAUUUCUGGGCUUAAAAAGCACCUGUUAAUCCAGUCAACUAAAACAGGCUACUGAAGUGGUUAAUCUAUUGCUCAGAAUCAUCUGAAGUUGUUAAAUCUUUACUGAUGAACGUUUUGCCAUGAGUAAACUGUUAUAGUUACAGAAAAUUACAAUAUCUAAGCUUUUUGGAGGCACCUCCUCACAUGGAAACCAGAUUUUAUCCAGGUAAAUUACUAGUGGAUGCUGGCGUUGCUAUUGUUCUAGGCAUUUACUAACAAGUUUCUCUGUAAUGAAGUUAAUCAGUAAACGAUAUAACCUCUGGCCUGUGUCACUCCUUUGUGAGUCUUAAAGAAAGUUCUCACUGUAAAGAAGGCAACGGGAUCUAGACAAAGCAAAAACUUCAAGGGAAGAGAAAAGCAGAGAAAGAGGGAAAGAAGGACUGGGUAACGUAAGGACAGUAUUUUGCUUCAAGAUAUGGUCUGACUGAAGACUGGCUGAGGUCAUGCAAGACAGAGCAGCGCACUGUAUGCUUCUGAGAGCAGAAUCCCUGCAGCCUUUGUGAAAAGCUCUGUGCACACCGCUGGCUGAGGAACACUGCUCGGACCACAUGUUUUGGAUCAGGCCAAAGAAAUUCUUCAUCCUGCACGGUGAAGUAGGAGGGGCAGAGAGCUGCACAGCAAGCAUGGGACCUUGAAAGCGAAGAAGUAGUCAAAAAGCAAAGGUAUCCUUUCAGAACCAAUGAGUUCUCCAGUGCAAGAAGCAGAUGUUUCACCUUACGCACAGUACAACAGUGUGCCAUUUCCCCAAGUUCAGCCUCAGAUUUCAUCACCACCUUAUUACUCCAACCUGGGCUUCUACCCUUCACAGCACGAGGAAUGGUAUUCCCCUGGGAUGUACGAGCUCAGGAGAAUACCCUCAGAGACCUUUUUCACAAGAGAGACAGAGAUAAUGGAUAUCCCUGCAGCCAAAAAGCCUAGACUGGGCCACUCCACGGGAAGAAUGAAAGGAGAAGAGCUCUGUGUGGUCUGUGGUGACAAAGCCUCUGGGUACCACUACAAUGCUCUCACUUGUGAAGGAUGCAAAGGGUUCUUCAGAAGAAGCAUCACAAAAAAUGCAGUGUACAAGUGUAAAAAUGGAGGCAACUGUGAGAUGGACAUGUACAUGAGGAGGAAGUGCCAAGAGUGCCGUCUAAGGAAAUGCAAGCAAAUGGGCAUGUUGGCUGAAUGUAUGUAUACAGGUCUAUUAACAGAAAUACAAUGCAAGUCAAAAAGGCUACGGAAAAAUGUGAAACAGCUCCCAGAUCAGACAGUCAAUGAAGAUAAUGAAGGCCACGACAUGAAACAAGUGACAUCUACAACUAAAAUUUAUAGGGAGAAAGUAGAAUUUACCCCAGAACAGCAGAACCUUCUUGAUUACAUCAUGGAUUCAUACAGCAAACAACAAAUACCUCAGGAGGUGUCAAAAAAGCUGUUACACGAGGAAUUCAGUGCUGAAGGGAAUUUUCUGAUUCUAACAGAAAUGGCUACCAGUCAUGUACAAGUUCUUGUGGAAUUCACUAAAAAACUACCAGGCUUCCAAACUCUUGACCAUGAAGAUCAGAUUGCUUUGCUGAAGGGCUCAGCAGUAGAAGCCAUGUUCCUCCGUUCAGCUGAGAUCUUCAGUAGGAAACUUCCUACAGGACAUACUGUCCUUCUAGAAGAAAGAAUUCGUAAUAGUGGUAUCUCAGACGAAUUCAUAACUCCCAUGUUUAAUUUUUAUAAAAGUAUUGGAGAGCUGAAGAUGACACAGGAGGAAUAUGCACUGCUCACAGCAAUAGUGAUCCUGUCCCCAGACCGACAAUACAUAAAGGACAGAGAGUCGGUGGAAAGACUUCAGGAGCCACUGCUGGAUAUCCUGCAGAAGUUCUGCAAGCUGCACCACCCGGACAACCCGCAGCACUUUGCGUGCCUCCUGGGCCGCCUCACCGAGUUACGGACGUUUAACCACCACCACGCAGAGAUGUUGAUGUCCUGGAGAGUGAACGACCACAAAUUCACUCCUCUCCUCUGCGAGAUCUGGGAUGUGCAGUGAUGGAUGCCGGUUGUUUUUAUUUCAGGACAAACAUCUUUUUAAAGGACCACGCAGCAUUUAUUUUCAUAGGAAAAGCAAUAUACCACAGUGCAUUAAUUUUUCUUUACUGCAUUUUUAUAGAAACUUGCCAUGGAGCUCACAAAAGCCGUUUUGGGCGUUAUACACAGAAUACUGUAUAGCUGUCAGAUUUCCACACGUGAGUUAUAAUUUUCUCUGUAUUUAUAUUCUCUGAUCAGAAAGAAUUCAGCGGCUCCUCACAGGAACCCCACCAAUCCCUCCUGCAAUUGCUCUCUUUGCAGAGUUCCUCUUGCAAAAUGGGGCGAUGCGGGCUUCCAUUCACAUUUUUCAUUGCUGUGUUUUUGUGCUUGGCCUCCAUUAAAGAAUAUAUUCCAAAUAUUUACCACAAUAAACCAGCAGAAAUGAUUAUUG